UAACAAAACUAGAACCAGCCCUGCACCUCGCAUGCAUCCAGAGAUCUCCUCAUUCAUUGUUCCAGUUGAUCUGCUAGCUUAUUUCAGGCUGCCAGCUCAGGGGGUGUGUCCUUUCCACUGCAGCUGUCUCCCUAUCACAGCUCAGGGGGCGUGUCCAUUCUCAGGAGGCUGGUCUUUUCUGCUGCAGCUUAUCAGAGCUUCUAACAGUAGUUGCAGCUGGGGGUGAGCAUGGAACUGAGCAUGCGGGACCACCUCAGGUGGACAAAUAAACAUGGAAAAGAACAAUCAAUGGGUAGCGCUAUAUAGAUACAUUGUAUUGAAUAACUCAAUGGCUAUGCUACAUUUUUCAUUACAUGCAAUAGAUAUUUCUUUUUUGGGUACAAAUAUAACUUAAAAGGAUUAUCCGCUUGCUUUAUAUAAUCAGGUUUGUUAGAAGAGCCCCACCAUUAGGUGAUUACAGGACCCCCAUUUACCAUCUGUAAUCUGCAGAGAAACCUGGCUGAAGGUUCCUGCAGCGCCACCACAGGUGAAAUGAAGCAUUACAAGGUGACUAACAAAAAGAUUCUAGGCACAAAGAAGCAGGAAGACUUUACUAAUUCUACAGUUCCAGACCUAUGGAGAACCAACUUUUUAACUGAGAACAAGCUCUCGAAAUUAGACAUGGCCUUGCUACUUUUUGGAGCGUGCUUCUUCUUUAUUCAGCCUCAAGGAGUAUUGUCUCGGCCAACCUCUAUUAAUGUAAGGAUCUUUACAUCACCCUCUCCAGCUUACGAGCUGAAGGACACCUCUCAUCUCAAUGGCACCUACCAGCAUUUGCCGCACACCAUUAUUAUUGGAGUACGUAAAGGGGGGACUAGGGCUCUGUUAGAAAUGCUCAGCCUACAUUCCGAUAUUGCGGUGGCUGAGAGUGAAAUACAUUUCUUCGACUGGGAAAACCAGUAUGUAAAAGGUCUACCUUGGUACUUGAGCCAAAUGCCUUUCUCCUACUCUCACCAACUUACAGUGGAGAAGACUCCAGCCUAUUUCACAUCAACUCAUGUUCCUGAACGCAUAUACAAUAUGAACAGCACCAUUAAGAUCUUGCUUAUCUUAAGAGACCCUAUUGAGAGAGUCUUAUCAGACUAUACCCAAGUCUAUUAUAAUCACUUGCAGAAAAAUAAGACCUAUCCUCCGGUGGAGAGCCUACUUCUAAGAAAUGGUGAACUCAAUAUCGACUACAAAGCCAUAAACAGGAGUUUAUAUUACAGUUAUAUGGAAAACUGGCUGAAAUACUUCCCACUCCGAAAUAUUCACAUUGUUGAUGGUGACUAUUUAAUUAAGGAUCCGUUCCCCGAAAUUCAGAAGGUAGAGAGGUUUCUGAACCUUUCCCCUCAAAUCAACGCAUCCAAUUUUUACUUCAAUAAGACCAAAGGGUUUUACUGCUUACGGGACAGUGGUCGGGAGCGCUGUUUACACGAGUCCAAAGGACGGGCUCACCCACACAUAAGCUCCGUUCUUUUAGGGAAACUAUGUGACUACUUUUAUGAACCCAAUAAGAAAUUCUUUGAGCUUGUCGGGAGGACAUUCGAUUGGAUGUAGAUAAGAGGUUAGGUUGUAACAUUAACUUUUUUUAGAAAUGUUACAUUGUAUUUAAUAAGAAUAUUUAAGCUAUAAGUUAUUUAUAAAUUGCAUCUUCUGGAAAGGACUCGGAUAUGAAGAAAUAAGCUAGUUAUAUUUUUAUACUGUAACUGUGAAUACUCUUUGUAUAGAUUUUCUUGGAUAAUAAACGAUAAUUUUUGGAAUAUAACAAAAUCCUAUUUUUUUUUUAUACUUCUGUUGCAAAAAAAACUAUUUUUCUAUUUGUCUUGUUAGAUUUUAUUUUCCAUCUUUAAUGUUUCUAGAUUGAUAUGCAAGGUUUUAACCUGACAAUAUCCAAAAGCGAAGCAAUUAGAGGGCACAGUAGCUUUUUUUUUUUUUUUUUUUGCAGAUUACUAGGCAAGUAAAAAUUCUUAAAUGAAGGGUAAAUCGAUUUUUGCCAAUUUUGAUAUACAUUUUUCAGUGCUUUGACCUCAGUUCUGUGCAGGAUUUGUGGUGUACAUAUCUGCAACACAGCCCACAUAGAGUGCCAAAGGCCCAUAAUGUACCUCGGUCCAUGCUGUAUUUUGGAAGUACUCUACCCUAGAAGCUUUGAGAUCAGUAGGGACUCUGUGUGCUGAAGUACAGGCUAUGUGCAUGUGGCACUGGGAAGUUGUCAAAUUCAUCUUACCUGAGCAAUGAAUAAAGAUUUGGAAUUUGAUGUGAGAACAGUAAAUUGGGUACUUGAAAAUCAUCUUGUAACCUUUGAGCAAUGAAUUGUUUUUUUUAAAGUAAUCUGAACUUACAUAAUAAAGAAUAUCAC